AUGAUCAUGGACAACUACAAACCACAUCAUCGAAGGAGUAUUGGAUCAAGUUCAAACAAUGACAUUCAAGAUGACCAUGAUGACCAUGAUGAUGACGAUGAUGAUCAAACUGGAAACAGAAGCAUCCUCACAACAUUAUCAACUCCAUCACAUGUAUUGAGUGCUGGAAACAGCAAUAAUCAAUCAUUGUUUGCUAGUCCACCUCCAGAGUCUGCCAGCAAAACGAGGAAGAGAGAGAAACAAAGACUACUGGAUACAAUAAUUUCACCAAAGUCCGAUCAAUCAUUCACCAUCCACGAGGAUGGCUCAUCAUCACAGCAUAGUAGUAGCAAUGAGGACAAUGGCAAUGACCGUGACUCGUCAUCUGAUGACAAGGCUCAUCAUCAUCGUGAGCCUACCAAAGCAGAGACACUGCAUCAAUUCAACAAGGCACUCUGGAAACUGAGCAGUCGACAUCGUGAGCAACUCUACUUCUCCCUAUCCUCUGUCCAAGAUGGUGGUAUCGUCAGCCAGUUGGUCACUCAAAGUUUGAACACCUUUGUCGAGGAGUGUUAUCAAGAGUUGACCAAUAGGUUUGGAGACAAGUAUAGCACUCAGAUACAAUUGUUAAAGAUGGGUCGUGUGUCACCAGAGAUUGGGAUCAAUGGAGCACCAUCAGUGGAGACUUAUACACCAGUUUAUAGAGCCGCCGACAAGGAUCUUAAUAUUGAUCUUCGCUCAAUAGUCAAACGAACAUUCAAAUCAAUCAGAGACAAAUAUACAAUAUACGAUGUAUUAUACUCAUUAUUCCCAAUCGCCACCUGGCUGCCGAGAUAUAAGCUCAGGUAUUUAAAGGAUGACAUAUUGGCAUCAUUAACAAUUGGAUUCAUGCUGGUUCCACAGGCUAUGGCCUAUGCCAUUCUUGCCCAAUUGCCACCGAUCAUUGGACUCUACUCUGCAUUCAUCUCACCAAUUGUAUACAGCUUCUUUGGCACUUCCAAUGAGAUCCAUGUUGGUCCAGUGGCCAUGGUUUCACUACUCAUUCCAACGAUCGUCACUGCGACAGUUGGAACUGAGGAUUAUAUAACAUCAGCGGCAUGUCUUUCAUUGCUGACAGGUCUGAUACUAUUCUUCUUUGGAGUGUUCAAGGUUGGAUUCAUCAUUGAGAACCUGUUGAGCAAUCCCAUCUUGUUGGGAUUCAUCCAGUCCGCUUCAAUAUUGAUCAUAUUCAGUCAGUUGAAGAACUUCACCGCCAUCACUAUACCACCGACAUCCGCCACCAUUGUAGAUUACUUUGAGGCCAUCAUCGAGUAUGCCUCAACCAUCAACUGGUACACCGUACUAAUUGGCAGUGGCAGUCUAGUCAUACUCAUUGCCGCCAAGUUCCUCAACAAGAAACUAAAGUACAACAUACCAAUGGCCGUCAUCAUCCUCGUCCUUGGCACAUUAGUAUCAUACUUGGCCAACUUUAGCACAUCACUUGGUAUCAAGACAAUCAGUGAUAUACCAUCUGGUAUACCAUCACCAAAGUUGGUGCCAUUGACAUUGACCAAGAUAGCACAUAUGGUAGUUGGAUCAUUCUUGAUUGCUAUAUUGGGCUUUGUCGAGGCAGUCUCUGUCGGCAAGAAGUUUGCAGCAUGUAGGAAGUACACAAUUGAUACAAGUCAAGAACUCGUCGCACUUGGCAUGUGUAACAUCGUCCAAGCAUUCUUCUCCGGUUACCCUACCACCGGUUCAUUCUCAAGGACUGCCGUUGCAUUCCAGAUGCAAGCCAAGUCUAGAAUGACAUCAUUACUUAGUGGAGUGAUUGUUAUGAUGGUAUUGCUGUUCUUGACACCAUUGUUCAAACAUACACCAUUGUGUAUAUUGUCGGCGAUUGUUAUUGCUGCGGCUGUAUCAUUGUUUGAGUUCAAAGAGACAGUGGACCUGUAUAGGAAGAAGGAGUACAUUGGCUUCUUCCAACUGACAUUCGUGUUCAUCUUCACAUUGCUACUGGGAUCACAACGUGGCAUCAGUAUUGCAUUUGUCGUGUCGAUACUCCAGAUCAUAUUCUUCUCGUCGCGACCCAACCUCGUCACACUGGGCCGCCUGCCCGGCACCAUGGUCUUCCGCAACGUUAGUCACUACCCCGACGCCAUCAUCUAUCCAGACCGUAUGAUCAAGAUGCAGUUGGAGAGCACAAAUGGCGCCACCAAAGUGAUCAUUAUCGACUCGGUCAACGUCAGUUCGAUUGACAGCACGGCGAUCGAUGUUCUGGGCGACAUGAUCGAAGUGUACAAUGACAGUGGAAUCACUGUAUUAUGGUCUGAUCUACGUCCAGUGAUCACAAGAGUGAUGCAACAUUCUGGAUUCAUCAAUCGCAUUAACAAAUCACAUAUAUUCACUAGUACCAGUUCUGCAGUUGACUUUGCUCAAACAAUAUGUCAUCAAGAUGAGCAACAACAGCAGCAGCAACAACAACAACAACAGCAAUCAUUCCAUCAGUUGGAUGUGUUCAAUCCCAAUCAAUAA